AUGGUUUUGAGUGGUUUCGACGGUAUUUUGUUAAUUGCAAUAUUUGUUACCUUUUUAUCUUUACAAAUCGUUUAAAAAUGUCUAGUAAACAUUUACAAACUGGCGAUUCAAAACCUGCUUUUGAUAGCUCGAAAAGAUUUCGUAUUUACAGCAUGAGAUUCUGUCCAUUUGCACAGAGACCAAUAUUGGUCGCAGCAGCUAAAGGAUUGAAUUUUGACAUUGUUAACAUCAAAUUGCGGAAAGAUUUACCUGAAUGGUAUCCCUCAAUUAAUCCAUUAUGUAAGGUUCCUGCCAUUGAGUUUCCUGAUGGGGAACCAAUUUAUGAAUCUUUGAUUGUCUCAGAUUUACUGGACGACCUCUACCCAGAGAAACAACUUCAUCCAAAAGAUCCGAAAGAAAAAGCGAAACAAAAAAUUUUUAUUCAAAGUUUUGGUGAAACAUUGAUUCCGUCGUUUUACAAAGGCCGACAAGAGCAAGAAAAAACUGGAAAAACCAGUGAAGAAAUGGUGAAGAAUAUUGCUAAUGUUGAAGAAUAUUUGGCUAAGCAAAAAUCUAACUUUUUUGGAGGUGAUGAGGCUGGAAUGUUAGAUUUCAUGGUUUGGCCGUGGUUUGAACGUUUACCUUUGUUUUAUACACUAUCUGUGGACACACAUCCAAACUUGACAAACUGGGUCAACCUGAUGCAAAAUGAGCCCGCAGUGAAAGAAACAGCGUUAUCAACGGAAAAUCAUUUGAAAUUUUACGAAGGAUACAAAAAUGGUCAGCCUGAUUAUGAUUUUCUUUAAUUUUUGAAUGUUGGUUUUGUAGUCAUCUGCAGUUGAUAGUAUUUAGGGGAGAAAUGCGAAAUGCCUGCAAAGUUUCGAACACUCCGAACAGUCAGUUCAUAUAUUUACAAAAUUACGUUUGAUAUUUUUGCCAUGAAAUCAAAGCUGCGACAUGAAAUUUGAUUUAUAUAAUAAUAACUUGACAAGUUCA